CUUAUUUUCAAAGACGGGAUAGACAGACGGAUCGGGUAUCAUGCGUGCAUGGGUUUUGCAAGCAAAGAGGAGUUCUGCGUCCCGGGGCUGGCUGGCUGGGUGGGCAGAUAUCAUGACAUGGCAUGGCGCGACGGGGAAACGGGGAACGAAUUACACUGCAGUGGCUCGGGCUAGAUUUUACAUUCCCAACAUAUGUAGACGGGUUAUUACGGACGUCGAAGCUACCUUUCUUCUCUUCUCUGCUUUGCUUUGCUUUCGUUGGUUUUUCUACUCCUCUUACUUUCUCGCUCAAAGCAGGCGGGACGACAAGAUAAUCAGGGUGGUGUGGUGUGGUGGGUGGUCUUACUAUGAGCUUGAGCUUUCCGUAGAGUAAGUCUAGAGAUGGAGACGGGCAACGGGAACUUCCGGGAAGGAGAUAUAUCCUUUCUGUCUUUCUC